GCGACGGCAGACUGCUGCCAGCAUCAGCAUCAUGGAGGGCCUUUACUACAACGUCAAAUACGGCUACAUCGAGGGCAUCGUGCGCGGCUACCGCAAUGCGCUGCUCACCAGCCAGAACUACAGCAACUUGACCCAGUGCGAGACCAUCGACGAUGUCAAGCUGCAGCUUGCGCCUGCAUAUGGCGACUUCCUCAACUCGCUGCCGCCAAACCCAUCGACGUCUGCCCUCGCCGCGAAGACCACGGACAAGCUGGUGGCCGAGUUCCGCUAUCUCCAGGCCAACGCGACCGGCUCGCUGUCCAAGUUUAUGGAGUACCUGACGUACGGAUACAUGAUCGACAACGUCGCGCUGCUGAUUACGGGUACGCUGCAUGAGAGGGAUACGCGCGAGCUGCUGGAGAGAUGCCACCCGCUCGGCUGGUUCGAGACCAUGCCGGUGCUGUGCGUCGCCACCAAUAUCGAGGAACUCUACAACUCGGUCCUGAUUGAGACGCCGCUUGCGCCCUACUUCAAGGGCUCGCUCAGCCACCAGGACCUGGACGAACUGAACAUUGAGAUUAUCCGCAACACCCUGUACAAGAACUACCUCGAGGACUUCCACCAGUGGAUCAACUCUUGCCCCGAAAUCGCAGGAACCCCAACCGCAGAUGUCAUGUCUGAGGUCCUGGAAUUCGAAGCCGACCGCAGGAGCAUCAACAUUUCCCUCAACUCCUUCGGUACCGAACUCUCCAAGGCUGAGAGGAAGAAGCUGUACCCAGAGCUUGGCAAGCUGUACCCCGAGGGCACAUUGAUGCUAUCAAGAGCCGAUGAUGUGGAGGGCGUGCGCAUCGCGGUUGAGAGUGUCGCGGACUACAAGAUGUUCUUCGACCAGACUGGCCUCAGUCAGAGCAGCAAUGGCGGCGUGGGUAACAUGGCUGGUGGUGUUGGUGGCGAGACACGAAGCUUGGAGGAUUUGUUCUACCAAAAAGAGAUGGAGAUUUCGAAGCUUGCCUUCACCCACCAGUUUACUCACGCCAUCGUGUACGCAUGGGUAAAGCUACGGGAACAGGAGAUUCGCAACAUCACAUGGAUAGCCGAGUGCAUUGCGCAGAACCAGAAGGAGCGCAUUGGCAACUACAUCAGCGUGUUCUGAGCCAGUAGUUCCUUGUAGUAAUAGCAUGUUUGGGUCCAAAUAGGAAUGACUCGCGUGGCGUUAGGGUUAGGUUCGUAUAUCCAGUUUGUUAGAUUGUGCAUGGUUAUGUGCAUGACCUGUCCAUACGUGCCUUCAUCCAUGCAAACGUGUAUCCGCUUUCGUCCGUCUAGGAGACUGUGGACUGGACCCUGACGAAUCGCGUCCUCGAUUCGCUAUAGAAUUUCCUUUGGUGAUAUUUGUGCUUAAAUUUACAGCUCAAUCUUGC